CCCCCCCAAAAGAACACUGCUAGAGGCAAUAAUUUCAGUUAAGCACAGCCUCUGAACUAACCAGCAGCAACUUUAAUACUUCCAACACAGUCAAGAUUUGGUUGUACGUGUCAGUCAUUCUUAAUUCGUGUAGCUACUGCAGCAAAGAUGAGUGAACCUGAGGAACCAGCCUCCUCCCCCAAGUUCCAGCGCUGCUUCAUGGAGAGAAAAAUGAGUGCCAUGGCCUGCACUAUUUUCAAUGAGCUGCGUCUCGAGGGCAAGCUAUGCGAUGUGAUAGUCAAAGUGAAUGGGAUGGAGUUCAAUGCUCACAAAAACAUUCUGUGUGGCUGCAGUGCCUACUUUCGAGCCUUAUUCACCAGUGAAUGGAACAACUCAGAAAGGCGCGUCUACAACAUCCCUGGCGUUUCACCUGAUAUGAUGCGUCUCAUCAUUGAGUACGCAUACACUCGCAUUGUCCCGGUGACAACAGAGAAUGUACAGCAGCUCUUAGCAGCUGCCGACCAGUUCUCCAUCAUGGGCAUUGUGCGUGCCUGCUGCGAGUUCCUGGCGGGGCAGCUGUGCCUGCUGAACUGCAUCGGCAUCUGUAAGUUUGCAGAUUUCUUCUCGUGCUCCGAGCUGCGCCAACGUGCCUACGUUUACAUCCUGCACAACUUCGACGACAUGGUGAGAACCUCUGAGGAGUUCCUGGAGCUCUCUCUGUCCGAGCUGUGUGGGAUCAUCGAGAAGGACGACCUGAACGUGAAGCAGGAAGAGGUGGUCUACGAGGCUGUGCAACGAUGGAUUGCCCAUGAGCCUCAGCAGAGGAAGAAACACAUUGUUGUGCUGCUGCCCAAGAUUCGCUUGGCCUUAAUGACGGCUGACUACUUCAUGAACAAUGUGAAGAACAACACACUGGUGAAGGAUAACGAAGAGUGCAAGCCUGUCAUCAUCAAUGCCCUGAAGGCAAUGUAUGACCUCAACAUGAACGGCCCUUCCAAUGACUUCACCAACCCUCUAACCCGCCCUCGCCUCCCUUUUGCUAUCCUACUGGCCAUUGGUGGCUGGAGUGGCGGUAGCCCCACCAAUGGGAUUGAGGCCUACGAUGCCAGGGCGGACCGCUGGGUGAACGUGACCCGUGAGGAGGAAAGCCCACGGGCUUAUCACGGCGCAGCCUACCUGAACGGGUUUGUGUACUGUGUCGGGGGAUUCGACAGUGUGGACUACUUCAACAGCGUGCGCAAGUUCAACCCCACCACCCGCACCUGGCACCAGGUGGCACCAAUGCACUCGCGCCGCUGCUAUGUGAGCGUGACGGUGCUGGAUGGCCACAUCUACGCCAUGGGCGGCUUCGACGGAUACAUGCGCCUGAACACCGCUGAACGCUACGAGCCUGACACCAACCAGUGGACCCUCAUUGCCACCAUGCAUGAGCAGAGGAGCGAUGCCAGUUCCACAACACUGCAUGACAAGGUGUACAUUUGCGGUGGUUUCAAUGGGAACGAGUGCCUGUUCACGGCAGAGUGCUACAGCCCCCAGACCAACCAGUGGACUCUGAUUGCCCCUAUGCGGAGCCGGCGCAGUGGAGUGGGAGUGAUCGCAUAUGGAGAGCAUGUGUAUUCAGUUGGAGGUUUUGACGGUGCCAACCGUUUGAGAAAUGCGGAAGCCUACAACCCUCAGACCAACACUUGGCGCGCUGUGCCAACCAUGUUCAACCCGCGCAGUAAUUUUGGCAUUGAGGUGGUGGAUGACCUGUUGUUUGUGGUGGGCGGCUUUAAUGGAUUCACAACCACAUUUAACGUAGAGUGUUACGAUGAAAAGACAGAUGAAUGGUAUGAUGCCCAUGACAUGGGCAUUUUCCGCAGUGCCUUGAGCUGCUGUGUGGUGCCAGGUCUGGCCAACGUGUCAGACUAUGCCGCCCCCCGCGAUGCCCUCCAGAUCCAGAGAGAGGAGCUCAAACUGUCCACCUCCAACAGCCUUCUGUCUGUCUGAGAGCUGGAUCAAUGCACCUCUCUGUUAACUAGACACAGGCACAGACUGUCCUAACAUUAAUAAAAUGCUCCAAGCUCCUCCCAAAGUGCUCAGGGGGAAAAGAACCAAGGCAGACACAAAUAUAGAAGUUCUAUUUAUUUUUUUAUUGCAUCCAUAUAUUUUUCUAUUUCUUCUUAAAGAGGGCGGGGCUGAUGAUA